CACCCAUAGGUAGAGAAUCUCACAACAAAUGACAUGUACAGUUGAGUACUUCUUCAUCUAAUGGUAGAAAGAAAGAAAGAACAAUACAAAUAAUCCAUUAAAUGAAGUAAAAGCCACUUAGCUUUACUCUCUCUCUCCCUCUCCCUCUCUCUCACUAUACAUGUGUCCAUUCUCCUAUUAGGCCUUCAUUUGCACUAUCUUUUUAGUUCUUUUCCCUUUUUUUUUCUUCCAGAAUAUGAGUCCUGAAGACUCCUUAAGAACUCUCUCCUUAGAUUAUCUCAAUCUCCUCAUCAACGGCCAAGCUUUUAGUGAUGUUACUUUCAGUGUUGAAGGCCGUUUAGUACAUGCUCACAGAUGCAUCUUAGCUGCAAGAAGCCUUUUCUUUAGGAAAUUCUUCUGCGGGCCGGAAUCGCCUUCCGGCCCUCGUGUUGGCCCGUUCGGCGGUUCACCGAGGGGCACAACAACGAGUUCACAGGUGAUACCUGUGAACGCGGUGGGGUACGAGGUUUUCUUGUUGAUGCUUCAGUUUUUGUAUAGUGGACAAGUUUCAGUUGUGCCACAAAAACAUGAACCUAGGCCUAAUUGUGGGGAAAGAAGCUGUUGGCAUACACAUUGCAGUGCAGCCGUUGAUCUUGCCCUUGAUACACUCUCAGCCGCUCGAACUUUUGGUGUUGAACAGCUUGCUUUGCUCACUCAGAAGCAACUAGUAAGCAUGGUGGAGAAAGCUUCAAUUGACGAUGUGAUGAAAGUUUUAAUAGCUUCAAGAAAACAAGACAUGCAUCAACUUUGGACUACUUGUUCACAUUUGGUUGCAAAAUCAGGACUCCCACCAGAAAUCUUAGCCAAACACCUCCCUAUUGAUGUUGUAGCCAAAAUUGAAGAUCUCCGCCUCAAAUCCUCCAUAGCUCGAAGAUCCUUAAUCCCUCAUCAUCACCACGACAACCACUACCAGCAGAUGACCUCGAACUUCGAGCUCGAGGACCAAAAAAUCCGACGAAUGAGACGAGCGCUCGACUCGUCAGACGUCGAACUAGUCAAACUUAUGGUAAUGGGAGAAGGCCUAAAUCUUGAUGAAUCAUUGGCCUUACAUUAUGCGGUUGAAAAUUGUAGCCGCGAAGUUGUGAAAGCGUUACUUGAGCUCGGCGCGGCCGAUGUUAAUUAUCAGGCCGGGCCGAGCGGUAAAAGCCCGCUUCACUUAGCGGCUGAAAUGGUUUCACCCGAUAUGGUUGCGGUUUUACUAGAUCAUCAUGCUGACCCUAAUGUUCGAACGGUGGAUGGGAUCACUCCACUCGAUAUUUUGAGAACCCUAACUUCGGAUUUUUUAUUCAAGGGUGCUAUACCAGGACUAACUCACAUUGAACCGAAUAAGUUAAGACUUUGCCUCGAGCUCGUUCAAUCCGCGGCUACGGUAAUUUCCCGAGAGGAAGGAGAAGCGAAUAAUAAUCGAUCUCGCGAAGAUCAUAGUUCGAGUACGAGCAGUGGAAACAACUAUAUGGGAAAUUUGAACUUGGAUUCAAGAAUGGUGUAUUUAAAUCUCGGUGCUCAUCAAAUGGCAUGCAAAAUGAAUAACAAUGAAGGUGAUCAUGAUUGCAGCAGUAGCCACAAUAACCAGAGUCCAUCAACAAUGUAUCACCACCAUCAUCAUCAUUCUCAUGAAUAUUAAUUAAUUAGUCAUUUAUGUUUCAAUUAUUAGAAAUAGGAGUACUUUUUGCGUCUACUACCCCUUUUUGAUCUCUUCUUCUCUAGAGAGAUAAAUUGUCUAUAAUUUCAUGGAUUUGAGAAACAGAAAAACAAAAAUUUGAUUAUCAACAAGUUAAUCUCAUGGCAGUUAUAUA